CUUCCCAACUGUCUUCAGGGGUAAGGAUCAAGGAACCAGUGAGUGCUUUCACGUGGUCACGGUGCCGGCCAGAGUUGAGGUGUGGUUGACUCAAGUACCUGUGAUGUACUCGGAAGGGGUAGACGUUGUGCCACAUCGAAUGGUACGUGGUGGGAUGUAAGGAUCCCCCGCCAGGAGGUGACUCGACACCUGAUGCUGCUAGAGAUUGAAUGCCCACCUGAAGGACCACGGUUCCUGUACGCUGACCUGUAACGUCGGGAUUCUUCAGGAAUGGAGGACAGGUCAUGCAACGUGAAACUGGAAAUGCCAUUCGGCCAGAAUGUACAGAACCUAAUCAACCUACAUUUCUCACGAUGUGAAGAAGAAACAGUCUAGACCUACCCCUUCCUCUUUUCAGUAUGGCGUCCAAUAGGGACCAGCUUAGCCUGAAAAGGCUUCGCAAUGAAGAGAUUAAGGCUUUGUUGGGUCCCUGUAUGAUAAGCUUCGCCAUUCCCCUGUUGAUACCAGGGUUGACCAUAACUCUUGUAGCCUUCAGUGAUGAGACUGGAUUUUCGAAAUAUGGAGCUCUACAUAUCGUGGGUAUCCUUAUAUUAUCAGCUGCGUGUGUGUUGUUGGUAGCAGGGUGUGUUAUCAAGUGUACGUGUAAGUCUAAAGUGUUUCCUAUGAUGCAAGUUGCUUCUCACAAAGUUACGACUCAUGAAAAGCCAAAACAAGUUGUAAGCGUGGCCUUAACUAGAGAUCGAUUACCUCCCUUGAAUGGCCCCCUUCCGGGAGGGUCUUCGAUACUACGUGACCAAAUUCCUAAAACGGAAAGGAGGGUCCCAUCGUGGAGGUUAUCUGGGACAGAUUCAGGGAGUGAUUCUGGGGACAUAACAGUUUCUGCCUUGGAAGACAAUCUAUACUCUUCGCGAUCGGAGAAGAAUAAGUUACACGGGCUUCCUGCUAACAAUUUCAUGUUGGAACCGUCCAAUAACAACACUGAUAAAACAAAAUCAGAGAGAAAAAAACAAACUAUUUUGAUAGAAAAUACAGACUCUGGUAAGUCGUAUGGCGGAACGAACACAACAAGUGCUCUUCAAGUUCAAAAUGCAGCGUUAAGCAUAGAGGAUGAGGGACGAUCAACUAAGGCCGCGCUAGCAUGUCCUUCCUACACAAACAUGCUGCAUAACAAUGGAGAACAUGGGAUACAAGAGGAACACAAUCAGGUAUCGCCAGACGAAGAGACUCGAAUACGGAAGCCAGUGAGUGGCUGGGUGUCAAGACAGUCCGACGCAAAGUUGAUGGGGGCUUCCAAGAUUUCACCCGAAACUCUCUCCCACUCGGAAUCAUCAGAGGUUACCGACGACCGUGAUGCUGAUGAUGAUGACGACGACGCUACACUUACUGAAGCUUCCAGAAACUGCAGCACUGUGCCGGAGAUAGCUGACCUUGACCGAGAUGACGCUGUGGAGGUCGAUAGGUUUAACAAUGUAUGGAGGGGAGAAAGUCAGAACUCUGUUGAAAUAUCCAGCGUGUUGUCUCAAGAGGAAUACUCAGAGGAGUCUCUAUCAGUUGUGUCCAAGGAUCAGUUGGAGAUCGCGGAACCAAGCGGGUCUAGGGGCCGAGCGUCCACCGACAGUGCUAUGGAGAGCGGGGGUGACCACUCCAGAGCUCUUUCACACAGGAUCAGUGACAGAGUGGAGACAAACGGUCGGCUGAUGGAAGAUCUUGAGGGUGGGGGUGAACGACCCAUACCUCCGUCCCGCAGAGUUAGUGACAGAGUUGAGGCCAGAGGUCGGCUGGGAGACAGUCUGGAGGGUGUUCAGCCUAGGGCUCUGCCCCGUAGAGUCAGUGACACCAGCUUCCGGUGA